AUGAGGCAACAGCGCGGCGGCGGGGCCGAGGGGGCUGGGAGGGGGGAGCCAUGGACUCUGGCCUACUUGGUGUUCGCCGUCUGCUUCGUGUUCACCCCCAACGAGUUCCGCUCGGCCGGGCUCACCGUGCAGAACCUGCUGGCCGGCUGGCUGGGCAGCGAGGACGUGGCCUUUGUCCACUACCACCUGCGGAGGAGCACCGGCACCAUGCUGGCCCACAGCCUGCUGCCGCUCGGUUAUUACAUUGGCAUGUGCUUUGCAACACCCAAGAAACAGCUUUUUUAUUUUUACCAGGCCCCAGAAGGCUGGAAAAUAUUCUUCUUGCUGGCUGUUCUUGCUCCAACAGUCACUGGUAUCCUGGCAUAUUACUGGUCACGGAACAGCUGGAAUAACCAUCCUUUAGCUCGGACACUUGCCUUUCAUGCUCUUCCACAGUCAGGUUGGCGAGCAGUGGCUUCUUCCAUUAAUACAGAAUUUAGAAGGAUUGACAAGUUUGCUACGGGAGCACCAGGAGCAAGGGUGAUUGUCACGGACACCUGGGUGAUUAAAGUGACAACAUACCGUUUACAUGUUGCCCAACAGCAGGACAUUCAUCUGACAGUGACAGAUUCCAGACAACAUGAACUCUCACCUGAUUCAAACGUGCCCGUGCAAUUCCUCACCAUCCGUGUUGCCAGUAUUAAUCCUUAUGUGAAAGCUUUUGACAUCCGAUUGAACUCCACAGAAUAUGGGGAACUGCGAGAGAAACUUCAUGCUCCUAUCCGUAAUGCAGCUAAUGUUGUGAUCCAUCAAAGUCUCAGUGACUUAUUUCUGGAAACCUUUACAUCGUUGGUGGAAAUUAACCAGAUACACCCUGUUCCCAGCAAUCAGGAGUUGGAGCCAUGUAUAGGGUGUAUGCAGAUGAAUGCAAACAUCAAGCUUGUUAAAAAUUGCCAAGAGCCAAAUGAAGGAGAAUGCCAACAAUGCUACUGUCGUCCUAUGUGGUGCCUGACUUGCAUGGGGAAAUGGUUUGCCAGCCGACAGGAUCAGGAGCACCCAGAGACCUGGCUAUCAAGCCAAGUGCCUUGUCCAACCUGCCGAGCCAAGUUUUGUAUUUUAGAUGUUUGCCUAAUACAAUGAAUAAUAUUUUGGUACAACCUACCUUUUGAAAUUGGAAUGUAUUCACAGCAGGACUAGAUGCAUGCCCCAUUGGAUUUGUUUCUUGCUCUUCUGCUUCUGCGGAGAUAAAAGCUCUGGAGUUUUCUUCUUCAAAGCCCUGAAAAUGGAACCCAAUGUUAUCUUUUCAUUGUCUCCCCACUCCUCAAAAUACAUUUUCCAUUUUUAUUCACUAACAUAGUUAAAAUUUUAGUGUGUUGUGUUUUUUUUUUUUUUUUUUUUUUAACUUUUCAUUUCCAAGCUCUUGAAUUCAUUUUAAAUCAAUAAUAGUGGCCCAUUUGUUUCACUUAUAGGUGAAAUUCUGGUAAACUAUCUGUAUUUUAAGUGCUAUUCUGGUUACAGGUUUAAGCGCAUGUGUUUAAUGAUUCUUAACAUAAGGACUGAUUUUCCUUUAUAAUAAAAUAUACUCAGCAAGUUGCUGUUCUUAAGGACUGUCAGCUCAAAUUGUGACUUGCCUUCAUCUUGAAUCUGUUUGUAAAAUCCAUAUUAACCUUUGUAGGCUUUUCCCAAUACAGACGUCUCAGGGCUAUGUUUUACCCCACACAUCAACUACUAUAGACAUUUAGGAAAUUAUGUUCCCAAAGUUGCCUGACUUCUGCAGGGGGCUUAGCACAUAGAAUAGAAAAUAAGUUGUUUCAAGAUAUAUUUAGUAUAUAAGGAAGGGCAUUAAAGAGGGGUCAUCAAUUGAGUUUAUUAAUCUGAAGUGCUCUGGUGCUGUGUACAACAUCGAAUAGCUAAAGCUAUUCUUUUCCUCAGAUGACACUGUUUGGCAUCUCAACACUCUCUAGCUGGUGCUACUGUUAAGCAUGACUGUAAGGCUUUUUUUAUAUUACCUUGGGCCAUGGACCUAAGUUGUGCAACUUUAGGUCCAUGUACUUAGGUCCACUUACUAUAGUAUCUUCACAACAUUAAGUCAACAGAUGACGCUCUCCAGUAGACUCUGCCUAUCCUUUUCAUUUUUGUAGAGUAUCAGAGUUGAUGGGAGAGUGCUCGGUUGAUUUAUUGCAUUGACACGAUAAAUCAACCCCCACUGGAUCAAUCAUUGCCCGUCAAUCCAGCAGAUAAUGAAGACAUGCCCUUUAGAAGAAAAGUAGCAAGCAUCUCAAUUAUCUGAGUAAUCCAAAAUAAUGUUCUGCUAUGUAAAAAUCUGUAGCUUCAUCCUAAGCAACUGCCUAUCCAAAUGAAUGGGAUGUCAGUAAUUACGUAAGUACGUGCAGUCAUGCUGGCUAAAAGUAGGACCAGUAUUAGUGAAAGCGGUUUGGUUUGAUUUUCGCUUUAUUUUGAAGCCUGAUCAUAAACAGUUACCACUACGUAAACAGUUACCACUACGUUAACAGUAACAAGAGAAUUUCAUAGGAUCAUAGAACACUAGAACCGGAAGGGACCUCAAGAGGUCAUCGAGUCCAGUCCCCUGCUCUCGCGGCAGGAUUAAGCACCAUUCUAGACCAUCUCUGAUAGAUGUCUGUCUAACCUGCUCUUAAAUAUCUCCAGAGAUGGAGAUUCCACAACCUACCUAAGCAAUUUAUUCCAGUAUU